UAUGCCGAAUUUUCUUCUUUUACAUUUUUCUCUUACUGCCAGCAGGAUUCGCUUUGGCCACACGAACCCAGAUGUGGCCACAUGUGAACCGGAAACUAGCCGAGCAGCGAGUUUGUUGUUAGCGUGUUGCUUCCGCGCUCCACCAUGGAGAACGAGGGGAUUCUGUCAGGCGUUAACGUGAUUCUCGUGAUGGCCUACGGCAGCCUGGUGUUUGUUUUGCUCUUCCUGUUCAUCAAGAGACAAAUCAUGCGUCUUGCCAUGAAGUCUCGAAGAGGGCCGCACGUUCCCAUUGGCCACAACGCUCCCAAGGAGCUGAGACAAGAGAUUGAAGCCAAACUGUUUCAGGUCCAAAACAUCCAGUUUGAGCCUCGCUUGUUGUGUCCAGAUGACGUCCGACUGCAGCAGAGGGAAGGAUCUGGUUCCCAUGACCACCUGUACAGGAUGAAAGCGCUGGAUGCAAUCAGAGACACUGAGUUUCCUUUCCGCGAACUGGGCGGGACACCCUCCGCCGUGACCGGGAAAAGGUUUCGGACCUGGCUGCUGCAGCUCCGAAACUCCCACUGUGUGUUCGGAGACAGCCUGAGCUCUCUCAUAGACGUGGUGUUGGACGGCUACAACAAAGCCCGUCACGGAGCGGAGGCUUUUGGUGAAGCGGAGUUUGUAAAAUACCUGGAAGCUCUAAGUGAGCUGGCCUCCGUGGUGAAGUCCCAAAGCAACACACCGAGUCAGCAGCACCAGGCUGCAGCCAAAGACCUGACCGGUACCGCUGAACCCGCCGACUCCCCUGCCCCCGCCCAAACCUCCUACCUCACGUCCACGCUGCAGCAGCGCAGCAAGAGGCCUCGGCACUUCCUGGAGCUGAAGAGCUUCAAAGACAACUACAACUCUCUGGACAGCUCGUCCUGAAACGACCGCGGUGCCUACAUGAGUAGUAGUAUAGUAGAGGAACGAAACACUGCCUACUGCCCACAGCGGGCUGCUGUCCUGUAUUCAUGCAUGUAUGAGUGCUCUGUUGUCUGUUGGGGUAGAAAAACCAACCAAGGUGGGUUUGACCUAAACACUAACGGCUGUCGGGGCUAUGCAACCAUGUCAGACAAUCAGUAUUUACCAAUUUCUAUGCAGACGUGUUGAACAGAGUUUAUAUACGAUCAGCUGAUGGUGUUUGAGCCAACACUGUUUACCUUUUUAGAUUUCUAGUUUUUUAUGUUUUGAAGCCUUUUGUUACGGAAGCCAUGCUAGUGUUUAUGAACUGUGAUUACUAAAGUGCCUCUUUAUUUGACGCCUUCAUUCAGUGCAAUGUUAACGGCCAUCUAGCUUAUUGUUGUGCUUUAGAUGUGAGGGCUUUCCUCAGGGGGACACCUGUUCUCUAGUCUUACACACACCGCCCAGCGGUUCCUUUCUUUGGUAGGGUUUUGGGAUUUUAGUGCCUAAAAGUCUUUAUAUUUUCAUUAUUGAGGUGCUUUGCUGUACACGCUGCCGUCUGUGUAAAACUGCCUUGCAGCCCAGUUGUGAGAUGCUCCUAUAAGCUCCAUCACUCAGAACUAAAAAGUCCUAAAUGUGUUUGUUUGAAUUAUUCAGGGACGCGUUUCUCAGUUCUAAAGGAAAUUCAGUGGGAAAAACUGCAGGAGAAGAAAUGUGGAAAUAAAAAGAAAUCUAGUUUUUCCACACAAAAACCAUGAAAAAGUUUUAAUCAGCAUACAUUAAAGCCUCCGAGCUCUGUUAAAAAGAUCUAAGAGCACAUCUGGAGCGCACCAAGCCCUCGAGGAACUCCGGUAUAGAAAAUAUAAUAAAAACGAUUAAAUUUGCUUUUAUGUGACGUCCCUUUUCUAGAGUCUGCAACCUAACUGAGAUUUUGAACGUAGGCUUUUCAUCAGCUGUAAGCCAUAAUCAUCACAACUACAACAAAUAAAGGCUGAAACAUCUGGAUUUGCAUGGAAUGAGUCAGUCUCAGAGGAAGUCGGAUCAAUGACACUUUUGCACCAGAUUCUCAUUUUCCAGCUUUCCUAGUUGACAACAGGAAGUGAGACGUUUAACUGUGUUCCUGUCCGCUGUAUUCAUUCACUGAAUGGACCCAACCACAGACAUCAUAUACGUAAAUAAGAUGUGCCUAUUGGAGCUGGUGCAGCAGUGGGCCACCAUCUUGGGUGGGUCUUCAUUCACUCCUGGUGCAUUUAUUUCUGCUGAGGAAAACAUUUUGCUAUGCAUUUUCACAAAAUAAGACAUCAUGAUAGUUAAAGUAUAAAUAGAAUAUAAAAUCCCAACAGGUAGGCGACGAUACCCCAAAGUAAUCCCACUUAAUCUGCUUUCAAUAGCUGUUGCAACCACAGGCCACACAAACACGGGCCUAGUUGCUCCAUGGGUUUGGAGAGUGGGGAACCCAUCCAAUAUGGUGUCGAUGCUGUUACGCUCUCCAGCGCCCAAUGGGAUGUAUUCAUGUCUAUGGUUCCAACCAUAUAUAGUAGGGAUGCACCAAUACUGAUACCAGUAUCAGAUACCAAUACGAUACUGGUAUCGGUAAAAGUUAACCGAUACCAAUGCAGUUGCUUGAAAAUGGCUUCGCUGUAACUUGUCAUUUCUGUUCACCUAAUAUUUUAGUUUUGUGAUGAUUUCUAUUCAUAUAUUUUACUUGUUAUCAGUGGCGGCUGGUGAAAAAUAUUUUUGGUGGGGCUGUGAUAUAUUUUUUUUAAACAAACUUGUGCUUUCUGAGCUUUGUGCACAACUUCAUUAUUUCGUGAAUUAAGCACAGCUCUUUUAUUUUCUGUCUUACAUCAUUGGACAAAGGGAUUAAUCCAGGUGUGUCUGACUAUUGGCACACUACCUUGCGGACCAAGGUUGAAAAAUACUGCAUUAAAUUGCACAUAAAAUAACAUGAUUAUAUAUGGUCCACAUCCACAUUACUGUUUGUGAAACUAACAUACUGGAGAAUUUCAUCACAAUAAUAUUAAAUAAACAAGUAUGUACCUGA